AUCGCUGCGCGCCGCGGCGCGGGGAGGGGCCGGGCCGGGCCGGGCCGGAGGCGGCCGCGGGGCCGAUGGGGGUCGCGGAGCAGGAGCCGGGCGAUGGCGGGUGAGGCGGCGGCCGGCGGCGGGGAUCCGGGAGCCGGCGUGUGGCAGCCCCUGCGGGCGCCCCCAUGAACGAGCGCCGCGGCCGGGGCUGCCGGGACACCGCGGGGCGCCAUGAGAGCGGGCCACGAGCGCAGCCAGGAGUGCCUCCCGCCCAAGAAGCGGGAGCUCCCCGCCGCCAGCACCGGCACGGAGGCGGCACGGGCGGGGGGCGCCCAGGCCUCGGGCGAGGGCCCCGAGUGGGCCCGGACGGCGGGGCCGGGCCCCGUGGCCCUGCGCUAUGGCCCCGGGGAGGCCGCGGAGGCGGUGGCGGGGCUGACGGUGGACCAGUACGGGAUGCUCUACAAGGUGGCGGUGCCGCCCGCCACCUUCUCCCCCACGGCCCUGCACCCCGUGGUGAACGUGAGCCCCCUGACCCCGGCCUUCAACGUGACCUCGCCAAUAAUCCAGCACCCAGGGGUGCCCUACCCACCUGUCCACUACACGCAGAUCCCGCCGACGUCCCUACAGCUCAUCAGCUCGCAUUACACGGUGCCCUAUGCUGUCCCUCCUGGCUUCCUGCCUAGUCCUCUCCUGUCUCCUUCCACCAACCUCACCGCCUCUCACGUCCCCCACUUUGUGCCAUAUGCCUCUCUCUUCACGGAAGAAGCCGCUCCUUCCCCCCAGACUACCUCUCCUACCCACACCUUCAACAAAUCUGCUUCUGCGGUUUCUCCUUCUGGUCAGAUGCAGCACCAUGCUGGGACCCAGCCACUAGAUACUGCGCUAGGUAGAAUUCCUGUUUAUUAUCAGAUGUCUCGCCUCCCACCAGGGUACUCAGCAUAUGAGACGCCCACAGCAGGUGGAAGCCCAGAUUCUCCUCAGCAAGACAGUCAACUGAGUUCAGAGGUAGCUGCCGCCAACGGUGGACAGAGACAUCUGGAGCACAAUGUGGUGAGGAGGACCAGCGAGGCUGUGGACUCUGGCAGCAGUAAAGCCGAAGACUGUCUGCCAGGGGCUGCAGUGGGAUGUGUGGUUGAUGGACAGUUUCUUUCAGGUUACCAGACGUUGAGAACAGAGGUCUCUGUGCCAGCUCACAGAAACACCCCAGACACUGACCUGGAGGUUCAGAGGGUGGUGGGGGUGUUGGCAUCUCAGGAUUAUCAUGUUCUGGCAGCCCAGAGGAAAGAUGACCCAAGCCCUUUAAACCUUUGCCAUAGUAUCCCUGAUCAGCAGGGGGAGUCAAAGGACGUUUUGAGGAACACAGUGGAAAGGGCUGCUGCUGGGAAGAGCCAGUCCAGGAGUCCAUAUAUCGUAUCCCCUGAAGAGAUGGUUAGACAAAGACAAUUAACCAAAGGAAUGGUGAUAGCCAAUGGCAAGCCAGUACUGGUUCCCGUUGGAUCUGAGCCCCUCAGGUCUUCUGCUUCAGAAACCCUGGUGAGGCAGAGCCCAGACGUGCAGGCUCGAGGAAGCGUGCUCGAAAAGGACCUGGCACAGCUGCAGCCACCCAGCUCCUCACACUUGCCCUCUCACUUCAUGAAAGGAGCCAUCAUCCAGCUGGCUACAGGAGAGCUGAAGCGGGUAGAGGACCUGCAGACUCAAGACUUUGUUCGCAGUGCGGAGGUGAGCGGGGGCCUGAAGAUUGAUUCCAGCACCGUGGUGGAUAUUCAGGAAAGCCAGUGGCCUGGGCUUGUCAUGUUGCAUUUUGUGGUUGGGGAGCAACAAAGUAAAGUGAGCAUCGAUGUGCCCCCAGAGCAUCCCUUCUUUGUCUAUGGCCAGGGCUGGUCCUCCUGUAGCCCGGGGCGGACUGCUCAGCUCUUUGCUUUGCCCUGUCACAGGCUGCAAGUGGGCGAUGUCUGCAUAUCAAUCAGUUUACAGAGCAUGAAUGGCAACUCUGCUUCUCAGGCUAACUACCCUCUCACAGAUCAGUUGAUAUCUACUAGGGAGAGAUCUGAAAGAACUGCUCAGGGGUCCAGAGAACCGUCUGACAGAGCUGCUGAAAGGAAGAGCCAGCCAGAAAGGGAAAGUGCAGCUCAGAGCUCUCAUGCAGAACCCUCUCAGCCUGAGACUGUCACUCAGCACAGCUGGGCAGCCCCAGGCUUCCAAAGAUACAGCACGCAGGCAGAGGAGCCUCGGCCCUCUCUGCUCCGUCCCUCUUUCAUUCCCCAGGAGGUCAAGCUGUCUAUCGAAGGGCGUUCUAAUGCAGGGAAAUGAUCCCUUUGAGGUUGUGAGCUAGGGCAUGCCCUCUGGGUGAGCCUCACCUUCACUGGGUGGAGAAAUUGCACACGCUUUGUGGCAGGUUCACCAGCAAGGCUGCUUUCUGCCCUGCAGAACUGGAUUUAUUCCAGUUCAGUGGCUGACCAGUUCCUCUUGGGGAAUCGAGAGGACUCCAGUGCCUCAGGGAGCAGCAACAGGCUAGCUGGGGUAGAGAACAGGGACGUGCUCAUGAGCUUGCGAUGAGAACAUUUGGAGGCUGGGGCUUUCUUACACCUCCCUGAAUAACUGAUACCCUGCAGGGCAGGGUCUAAGUAAGCAUUCAGGAAAGGUGGAGAGGUGGGAAGGGCAGACGUGGCUUAAGGUAGCAAGUAAAAUUGCUGAAGAUAUUCCUCCUUUUUCAUGAUGGGGAGAGAUAGGUCCCCACUGGAGUUUAGGGGGCUCUACUCCCAGUAUCCCCUUUGUUCACACAUGCACUUUAAAAGGACCGUUCACCGAUGGAGCUCUUGAGGGCAGGACGCAGAUGCUUCUCUGAUGGUUCUGUUUAAUGUCUCUUCCACUGAAUCCAACUGCUCUUUCUUCUUGCAAAGAAUGUACAGAGAUUUCCAUGAAUCACAGAAACUCAAGAGGAAGGACCAAAAGGAUGGGUUUGGGUACAGGUGAAUAGGGAACUUGAGCACUUGGGAUGGGACACAGGAUGGGAGAUGUCAGUUUCCUGCUUUGAAAUAUUUUUGUUGUCACCUAAUUAUUGUAAUAUUAGUCACCAAAUCAAAUAUUCCUUCCCAUGUUAAUAACCUUAAAAACAAAAUCUCUUGGGCUUAAGGCUUUUAAGGCUUAGUCUAUGGGUGAAUGGGGUUAGGUUUUGUUUUGUUUGUUUUUGGUUUGGUUUUUGAAAGCUGGAGUCAGAUAUAUUUAGCAUUCUCUAGUGAAGGAUGGAAACACAUCCUUCUGCUGUGAGAAGACCGAGACUAUUUUGUAAUUAAAUCAGAAGAAAACUUUACGGAUGGCUAAUUAUUCCCUGCAGGCAGUUUUCUGAAUAAACUCUAAAGAAACAAGCGUUUGUGCAUGUGCAGGCAAAGUACAAAGCUUCAGCUAAGUACAAUUCCAUGAGUAAUGUAGGGACUCUAGGGAUCACAGCAUCAUAGGGCAUUUCUGGGUGUUUUUCUGUUAGUUGUUCUAAUGCUUCACUUCGGAGUUCCUCUGUAGAACAACAUGGUAAUAUCAAGAGUAGCCUUCUUCACAGUGAGAUCUAACACAAAUGUGUAUUAAUACCUCAUUAUGGUAAAUAACACUCCAUUCAAGUGAAGGCUCCUGUAGUUACACUAAUUUGUCCUCUCUGAUGGUGUGUUAUGACACUGGCUCUAACUGCUUAGUUAGAAUAAAAAUGUCACUAUUUUGUCGAGGGUAAGAGUCUUUACUGACUUAACGUGGAUUUAAGUAUUCCCUGUAUUAAGGCGCCCAUCACUGUGCUAGGACCAGGCUUUUGAGGAUUUCUUUUCAACGUGCAGAUCCCUGCUAGAGUCCUGAUGAUGCUCCUGAUGUUAGUGUACCAUUUUCUGUCUCCCUUUUCUCAUCUUCCUGAAGUUUUCUGCCAGGCAUGCUGGACUGCUAGGGCUCUGCUUCUCUCUUUCCCCGAAUGGCUUUUGUGUCAGCACUUCUUGAUGAUGUAGCUGUCCUCCUGGUCAGCUUUUGCAGUGCUGGUGUCUCAGGGUUGGUCUGAAUACUCUCCAGAAGCGUGUCCUGUAACCAACUGGCUUCAGUUGGCUGCGUGGCAGGGGUUUUGUGCAGAAGUGUUCUGCAAGCGAGAGAGUCUCCAGAAAGGUUCUUCCUUCCAUCCAGGCCAUUGAUUAUGAUUUCCUAGCAAAUCACUAGCCAUUUCUGUUGCCUUUGCAUGCCUGCGCCAGGAGAACAAUUUAUUUUCAGGCCUUAGUUAAGAUAUGCUUUGUUCAUGCCUUCAGUGUUUGUGCCUCACGAGGGUUUCUCCAGGGUGAGGAUGCUGCCUGUGUCACACGUAGCUUCCCCAGAAUCACAAAAUGCUUGUGGUCUCAUCAACUGCAUGUGGAAAUGCACAAGGUCACAGUGACACUGUUGUGUGAAGAUUCUGCCUCCUUUGAUGCGGCAGCUGUGGGAGGGCUGCUCUUUUCAUGGCACCGGUUGUCAGUGGAACAUCCUUGCCUGGGCCCAGGUGCCUGGCCUCAUUCCCGUGUGUGUUCUGCAGUCGCUGUUCAUCGGACUCUCCUGCACAAAGGCCUUGACUGAUGCUGGUUAGUACUUAAUGCUCAGGAUAUCCAGGGUCUGCGGCCAAGAGCAGAAGACAGAGGAGCCCAGCUUCUCUUGCCUGUUCUUUGUGUGGUGCAUGCAGAGGAACUGAGAGCUGUGGCAGGCAGCUAAGGAAGGGAUCUUGCAGAGGUAUGGCCAGUGAAUGCGGAAGGGACAUUGUGUGCUCAGAGGGAGUGUUUGCGCAGCUGGAUGGUGCAGAGCCCUGGUGUGCCCAUUCAAACAUGGAAGUCUCUGUCUUAGAGGGUUUGGAGAGCCUGCCUCAUCUCCCGUGUGUCGCCGUACUCACAGAAUCACAGAGUUGAAGGGGUUGGAAGGGACCUCGAAAAGAUCAUCGGGUCCAACCCCCCUGCCAAAGCAGGUUCCUCACUGCUGUACAAAGCAGGUACUCACUGCUUCUAGGUCUUGGCCGUGUGGGGCGGUGGUCUGAAAAGGCUGGUGUAUGAAGCGAGAUGCUGCGGGGCUAGAACAGCUCUGCCCGGGGCAGCUGGGGCAUUGAGCGGGUGCUCAUCCUGGUGUUUCCUUGGCUGCUGGCUUGGCCACGCAUCUGCUGACUGUGGUUCUGAGAUCCGUGGAAGAGGCCAGGGUGUGUUUGUCCUUGGGGCUUCUGUCCAGGCUCCCUGUGAGUCCCAGUGUUGAGCAUGUUUCAGCUGCCAGUUCUUCUGUUCUCUGGAAGCAACAGUUUGGGGCACAUCUCAUGGAGGAGGCAUUGAGAAUAAUUUGGGCAUCUGGCCGCUUGCCCCAAGGACUGUGGGCAGGAGGGGAGCACUGGAGGCCCUGUGGCCCGGCCAAACAGCACUCAUAAUCACUGGAAUCUUUCUUUACUGGGUUGGACUGUGUUGCUCAGCUCCGGUGGUGGCUGUUGGGUUGAGUGUUCAGGCUCUCUUGAGACAGGGAGUGUGCGAGACAGGUUCUGCUGUGGGCAGGAAGGCUAUGAAAGAGCCCACAGAGGAGGCAUUUAUUUCUUAGGUUUACAGGGAUAGGGGGAGAUAAAGCCAGGAAGACAUUAUGGAAUGAGCUGGUUAUCCAGGCCUUUCUGCUGGCAGAGAUGUGACAGGCUUCUCAGAAAUACACUGUUUUCCUGCUGCUAUUGUGAAGGGAGGGAAAGCUGCAGUCUGUCCUACCUGAAGGAGGGGGCGUCCUGGCCUUGGUCUUACCCAGCUCGCACGGAGGCUGUGGGAAGAGUCUGUAGGAUGCAAUAACGGGUGUCUGUAGCCAUCUGUCCCAUCUCAUGAAACAUUCCUUGGGUCAGCUGCCCAUCAGAGGCCAGGCCUGCUCCCAGGCCAUGUGUACACUGUUCCCCCAGGAACACAAGACUUGCUCCAGGUGACGAGCGCUCAUCACUACCAGACUAUGCAGAGGAAGCUCUGUCUGGAAAGGAGGAAAGCUGCAGAGGUGCCUCUGCCUCUCCUUUCCAGCAGGUGCGCAAGUAUAAUGCACUUUUCACAUUAAGUGUCCCCAUCCCUCCUGUCCCCACCCCACACUUGAAGUCACUUUCCCCAGUAGAGAACUAACAAUCCUUGUUACUCAGAAAAAUAUUUUAAAUGAAACUACAGCAGCUUGAGUAGCCCAAAUGCUAGUUCCUGCCCACAGCAGUCCAUGUGCCUUUCCCUAGCGUCACUCACAACUGCUCUUUGCCUUUCAGGCUGUCCCGGGCCUGAAACUUUGCAGAAGCUGCUCAGAUGGCCACGAAUGCACAUUCUGUACAGAGUUUGGCCCAGGGUAUGUUCCGUGUAGGGCUUAAAAUGCUGAUGGUCAAGACUCCUCCAUGGUCUUCACAUCUGUCCAUGGAGGACAGGACUUGCCCCGACGUCCCAGGCUGCUGCCACCCCACCCCGCAAAUGCGCCGUGCACGUUCUGGUUGCUUUUCGCUUUCGUGGCACCUUAGAGCCAGGGGAGGGUCUGCGCAUGCUAAGCAGAGUAAGGCAUGUGGCACUGGGGGAACUGGCUGGGCUGCCCUGAGGCAAGGAGGUCUUUGUAGAUAAAUGCUGAUCCCUCAACUAUAAUCCCAGUUAUGUAAUGGCUGUAUUAACAUGUAACCGACCGCAUUGUAUCUAAAGCCUUAGAACUAGUCAGGUGCUCCCCUCCAACCUUGCUCCCACCCCAUUCCUCCUACCUGAUCUUUAACAAAGCAUUAAUAAUUCUAAGGAUAAUCUCUAUUUUGUUGUGCUUUUUUUGUAACUGUUUUAAAUAAAUCAAUUUGUACUGUAUAUUUGUACUUUUGGUGAGAUCCUUUUUCCUGUUUUACCAUUUUAAGUCUGUACUUGGCUACACACAGAUUGUAUUUUUAUUGUUAAUGCUCUUAUGAAUAUUGCAUUUAACUCGUUGACUCUGUAAACACAGUAUAUAUCUAUAUCUAUAUAUAUAUCUAUAUAUAAACCAAUAGCUUUUC